AUGUUUACACCUGAGACAGACCUUAACGAUACAGAGAAACUGACAUGGGACGCUAAACAUAUACCCCUCAGCGUGAGUGUCUGCUCCAACGUUCCAGACUACGACCAACCCAAGUGCUUUGUGUCAGAUGGGGACUCUAAACAGCUCGUCAAAGAGAUGUUAGAACACCUCGUAAAAAUAAGUGGAAAGAGCUAUGACCUGUUAAGAAAAGAGUUUAACUUUCUUUUUGAAGCGAUCGACCAAAAGCUGCAAGACCUACAGCAAAAAUCAGAAGCUGGUGACCCUUCAAAAACUAACACAGUGGAAAACCUCACCCAGGAAGAUAGUGAUGAUGGAGGAGAAGAUCUCAUGGACACAGAUAAUGAAGAGGAAGAAGACAUCGAGUCUGAAACUGAAGAAGAUCGUGUCUUUAUUGACGAUGACGUAGAAGAACAAGGUGCCUCGUUUUACAGGGCCUUAGAUCGGGAACACGAGGAUCAGAGUGAGAAUGAUCACGAGUGUGAAUAUGAUAGACCAGAGGACAACAGCCCAGAACCUAAGAAAAAAGUGUACCCUUUAAAGAAACUGAGAGAUCGUUUCCAAGAAUAUCUACAAGAACUUCCUGUCUUGGGCUUCAAUUCUGGUAAAUAUGACUUGAAUGCCGUCAAAGAAUUUCUGUUUCCUGUCCUGGUCCAGAAUGAAGGCGUUCAGUUUACUAUCAAGCGUAAUCACAAUUUCAUGUGCCUAAAGACCCCACAUCUUCGCUUCCUUGACGUCACCAACUUUCUUGCUCCCGGUUUCAGCUACGACAAGUUUCUGAAGGCCUACGAGUGUCCUCAAACCAAGGGGUUCUUUCCUUAUCAAUGGCUGGACUCUCUUGAGAAAUUAGAACACCCUUCCCUUCCACCGCACGAAGCCUUCUUUUCUACGUUGAAAAACAAGAACAUUUCUGGCGAAGACUACCAGUACUGCCAACAAGUCUGGUCGAACAAUAAUAUGCAGACCUUUCGAGAAUUUCUCAUCUGGUACAACAACCUAGAUGUCCAACCCUUUUGUGAGGCCCUGGAAAAAAUGUGCGCCUUCUGGAAAGAUAAAAAGAUCGACAUGUUGAGACAAGGUAUUUCUAUUCCCGGUGUUACCUUGACGUACCUCUUUACCACCCUGGAAUCUGGCAUCUUCUUCUCUCUGUUUGACGAAAAAAACAAAGAUUUGUACUAUCUCUUUAAGAAAAAUAUGGUGGGUGGCCCCAGUAUAAUAUUUCAUCGAUAUCACGAGGCUGGAAAAACCAAAAUCAGAGAAAAAGAAAUGGAAGAUCAAGGAAAACAAGCAAAAACCUGUCAAAAGAUUGUUGGAUACGAUGCCAAUGCUUUAUAUCUAUGGGCCAUCAUGCAAGACAUGCCCACCGGAUCAUUUACAAGACGCCGAGAGGAAACUGGCUUCAAGAGAGAGAAAGUUCUUCCAGGAUGGCAACCGAGUGGUUAG